ACUCGUCAUUAUUGACAUUUAUAUUUCAAUAUUAUGUAGAAUUAAAUUUUUCAAGUAAAAUAAAAUACAAAAAUAUGGAAAAUAAAAAAAAUAAGAAGACCAAAACAAUCCAUAUGAGAUACCCGGCCCCAUAUUCCUGGUCACAAACUGGAUCAUACGAGAGAAAGCCAACCAUGAAGAAAUCUGUGUCGUAUGACAACAAAAAUAAAUACAAGUCAAAAGCUCGGCCAAAGUGCUGUGACCCUUAUGCUCCUCAUCUGAAAUACGGAAUUUUCCACCAGAAGAACUCAAAAGAAAUUGAGCCAUCGAAAAUCAGUUUAAAUAAAAUUGCCUCUGAACAAAUAUCCAAGGAAGGAUACAUUAAAAGCCCAGACGAGCCGUAUUUUAUAAUUCGCCCUCUGAACAAACGCUACACGAAACAUUUGUCCGUCUCUGAAGUAUUGCAUGUGGAUAUACAACCAAGAAUACGAAAAUCACCAAUGAGAGCUAGUUCAUCUAUUCAUAAAUAAUUAAUCAGUAUUCUUUGGGGGUGAGCAUGCAAAACGAAAUAGCGCGUUUAUUAUAAUUGACAAAACAAUAAAAGCACAGAUCAAGUAGAGUUAGAAGUAAAAGUAAAAAUAUACUUUCAUACACACAUAUAUAUGUUAAUAAGCGUAAACGAUGGAUGAGGAAAUAAUAUUGUAGAUAUUGCUUAGCAAUCAAAAUAAUUGUCUUUCGUUUUACGUUUUUAUUCUUGACAAAAAAAGAAUUGGUGUUUCGAAAUUGGUGACAUUAUGUAAUUGCAAAAAAUAUAUUAAUGAGGAAUCGUGACGAAUAUUAUUUAUAUUGCUACAUUGUUCUAAAUAGACAAUAUAUUUUGUAACCUGUGGAGUAUACCUCGUCAUUCAAUGGAUAUUUUAAUUCAUUUUGUUUUUAUUAUGAGACCGAAGUUGCCAUAUCCCAUUUUUUAAAAUUAAAUUCCUUUGAAAUGAA